AGACUAACAACCGGAGUAUAUACAUUCAAUACCUUUUCACUCUCUCUCUCUCUCUCUCUCUCGCUCCCGCUCUUGAUCCAGCAGAAACAGACUCGGCACGGAGAAAGCUAUUCUUUUGAGAGAGAGAGAGCAGAGCGUAGCGCCACCUGGCGAUCUCGGAGGCGGUGUUUAGACGCUUCAAAGUCACAGGCGGCGGAUCCUGCGCACGCCACGCCACGACAGCGCUUUUCGAUACUAUAUGCUCAUUUCCCUCCCACCAAUCAAUUCAUUGUUGUUACUAUCAACGUUUUGUUUUUCGUUUUUUUAGUUUCUUUUUCCUCUUUCUUAACUUCCUUUUACUGUAAGUCGAAUCCCAAUAUAUUCGGUCCUCUUUUGGCGUUUCGGUGGAUUGAAUUUCGGUGCUUUGGGAUCGGAUCGAAUCGGACAGCUCCGGAGGUUUGAGGAUUGUCUAGUGUUUCGGAUCGUGUGAGCGAGACUGUUGUUCGUAUAUUUUGGCACAGACAAAUGGAGGAAUAAUCGUAUUUAUGAUCUUUGUUUCGAAGUCGAAGCAAACAUCCUUGGUUUUCCCUUGUACGCUUUGGUGGUUGUUGUUUGGUGCUAAAGGAAGUUGAGUGGUAUUUAUUAUCGCCUUUCUGAGAAGAAUUUGUGGGGGGAGGUUUGGAAACACUAGACGGGUUUCGUCUGAGACUUGAGCUUUAUAGUUUUUUGGUACUUUGGUUGGGAUUGCGCAAGUUUUUUGAAAAAGAUUUGUGUUAUAUAUAUUAUAGAGGAUUAGUCGACAUGGUUAGUGGGAAUUUGUUCCAUUGUAGAAAGAAUUCAUGGCCGCCCGAGGAGUAUAUCAGCAGGAACACUUUGCAGUUGUUUGAUUUUGAUAGUGCUGCCCCUCCGGAACAAGCCUGGAGGAGGAGAUUAAAUAGCCACGCUAAUAUUCUCAAAGAAUUUAGUGUCACAUUUAUGGACGCAAUAAGGAUGGUUCGACUAGGUAUACGAUUGUGGUCCUAUGUCAGGGAAGAGGCUUCACAUGGGAGGAAAGCACCUAUUGAUCCUUUCACUCGAGAAAGUUGCAAGCCAUCAGCAUCUCAAGGGGUUCCGCUUGGAGGGAUGGGGAGUGGCAGCAUAUCUAGAGGUUUUAGAGGGGACUUUAGGCAAUGGCAAAUUGUUCCUGGUAUAUGCGAACCUUCACCUGUCAUGGCAAAUCAAUUCUCAAUUUUUAUAUCAAGAGAUGGUGGGAACAAAAAUUUUGCGUCCGUUUUGGCUCCAGGCCAACAUGAAGGGCUGGGGAAAUCUGGUGAUCAGGGUAUUUCAUCAUGGGGCUGGAAUUUAAAUGGUCAGCAUUCCACAUACCAUGCUUUGUUUCCAAGAGCAUGGACAAUAUAUGAUGGUGAACCAGACCCAGAACUGAAAAUAUCUUGUCGACAAAUAUCACCAUUCAUGCCACAUAAUUACAAGGAUAGCAGUCUUCCUACUGCUGUUUUUGUUUACACAUUGGUUAACACUGGUCGAGAAAGGGCUAAAGUCAGCCUUCUAUUUACGUGGAUGAAUUCAAUUGGUGGCAUCUCGCAUCUUUCAGGAGAUCAUGUUAAUGAACCCUUUAUAGGCGAAGAUGGAGUCUCUGGCGUACUUCUACAUCACAAGACUGCGAAAGGCAAUCCUCCUGUUACUUUCGCAAUAGCUGCAUGUGAGACUCAGAAUGUGAACGUGACUGUUCUUCCUUCUUUUGGGCUGUCUGAAGGAAGUUACAAUACUGCAAAGGGCAUGUGGGAUAGCAUGACCAAGGAUGGGCAGUUUGAUCGAGUUAACUUCAGUUCUGGACAAAGCAUUCCCUCCUCACCUGGAGAGGCAGUUUGCGCUGCAGUUUCAGCCUCUACAUGGGUGGAAGCUCAUGGGAAGUGCACCGUUGCAUUUGCUCUUGCAUGGUCAUCUCCAAAAGUAAAAUUUUUGAAGGGAAGCUCAUACCAUAGGAGGUACACAAAAUUUUAUGGCACAUCUGAAAGAGCCGCCUUGAACUUGGUGCAUGAUGCACUAACUAAUUAUAAGCGGUGGGAAGAACAGAUAGAGAAUUGGCAAAGUCCUGUCCUGAAUGACGAAAGGCUUCCAGAAUGGUACAAGUUCACGUUAUUUAAUGAGCUGUACUUCCUGGUUGCUGGUGGAACAGUCUGGAUUGACUCUUCGUCUUCAAACAUGAGAAAUGAUCAGCAUCAAUUAGUAGACGUGGAAAAUACUGAUGUCAGAGUAACUGAAGCUAAGGACAGCCGAAAAGACUCGGUUUUUCAGCAUGCUAAAACUGGUACUGAACUAAAAGACAAAGAUGAAGAUGUAUUUCCAAAGGGUUCUUGUGAAGAUGCAGCAGUGGUUCCUGUGAAGAAGGGACAUUCCAAUCACCCUUUGCGGCCCCCCACAUUGCUGGACCCACCAGAUGAAAGUGAUGAUGUUGGAAGGUUCCUAUACUUGGAAGGUGUGGAGUACAUCAUGUGGUGCACAUAUGAUGUACACUUCUAUGCUUCAUUUGCUCUUCUUGAGCUGUUUCCUAAGAUUGAACUCAAUAUUCAACGUGAUUUUGCGAAGUCUGUGUUAUCUGAGGAUGGAAGAAAAGUAAAGUUUCUGGCAGAGGGGAAUUGGGGAAUUCGUAAGGUUAGAGGAGCGAUUCCUCAUGAUCUGGGAACACAUGAUCCGUGGAAUGAAAUGAAUGCAUAUAAUAUUCAUGAUACAAGCAAAUGGAAGGAUCUGAACCCAAAGUUUGUGCUUCAGGUGUAUAGAGACUUUGCUGCAACUGGGGAUAUGUCAUUUGGUGUUGAUGUUUGGCCAGCGGUUCGUGCUGCCAUGGAAUACAUGGACCAGUUUGAUCGGGACGAUGAUGGUCUAAUUGAGAAUGAUGGGUUCCCAGAUCAAACAUACGAUGCUUGGACAGUUCACGGCGUGAGUGCUUAUUGUGGAUGCUUGUGGCUUGCUGCACUCCAAGCUGCAGCUGCAAUGGCCGUUGAACUAGGCGACAGAAGUUUUGCCGAAAGGUGCAAAAGAAAAUUUUUGAAGGCCAAACCAUCAUUUGAGGAAAAAUUAUGGAAUGGUUCUUAUUUUAACUAUGACAGUGGCUCAAGUAGCAACAGUAAAUCCAUACAAGCAGAUCAACUGGCAGGGCAAUGGUAUACGGCAUCCUCAGGGUUGCCUUCACUUUUUGAUGAUUUUAAAGUCAGAAAUUCUCUUCAGAAAAUCUUUGAUUUCAAUGUAAUGAAAAUUAAAGGAGGCAGAAUGGGUGCUGUAAAUGGGAUGCAUCCCAGUGGAAAGGUGGAUGAGUCUUGCAUGCAAUCACGUGAAAUAUGGACCGGUGUCACCUAUGGAGUGGCAGCUACAAUGAUCUUAGCUGGAAUGGAGGAGGAGGCAUUUAAAACUGCUGAAGGUAUUUUUAUUGCAGGCUGGUCAGAAGAAGGAUAUGGAUACUGGUUCCAGACUCCGGAGGGAUGGACGGUGGAUGGGCACUUUAGAUCUCUUAUAUAUAUGAGGCCACUCUCAAUAUGGGGUAUGCAGUAUGCAUUAUCGUUGCCCAAGGCAAUUCUUGAUGCCCCUAAGAUCAAUUUCAUGGAUAGAAUCCACUCAUCUCCUGGUAGUUUUAAAUCCAAUGAAACAGGCGUUAGAAAGAUAGCCAAUAAAGCAAAGUGCCUUGGAAAUUCUGUUUUCCAUUGUGCUUGCUGAUUGUAGCGUGUAGGGUUCGUUCCAUCAUCAUUGUAAAGAAGUGUUUAUCAUAUUUAUCCUUUUUUCCUCAAACCCACAGGUGGAAAUCGAACACUAGUUUAGGUUUGGGGGAAACUGUUUCUUUUAGAAAAUGGCCAUAAAUGGUCAGGCACCAAUCCUGCCAAUCCAUUUACAUGAUAUAUAGAGUAGGUCUUUCCCUUUCAUCAAUUUUUCUUUUUAAAAUUUUUUACUUUUCUUAUUUGUUGUAAAGUGAAUAGGUAAUACCGUAAUAUCCUUCAUCGAUUUAAAACAAAGGGUACUUUUUAGUUUU